GCAGAUCACUUGAUAUAUUUUGGCGAAAAAUUGAUAUAAAGAAAUGGAUGCAGAAAAACAUAAAAUUGAGAAACGCUACAGAUAAAGAGCCAUCAAAACCCUGUGAUGCAUUUGGUGAGGUAAAGUUUCCAGAAGAUGGUUGGAAUAUUGCAAAGUUUGUCCGUGUGGAUCACCAAAUCUCUAUGGAAACUACAAUUAAUUUGAUAAAACACCUAUGGUAUUCAUCAUUGCCAAACUUACUUAUUUCUGUGAUUGGAGAAAGACAAGACUUUCAGUUGGAUCCAUUUGCUAGAGAAGCUCUUGGGCAUGGUUUGGUUAAAGCUGCACAAAUCACAGAUGCCUGGAUCAUAAGUGAUGGCUUACAUACUGGAGUUGCAAAGCAUAUUGGGAAGGCUAUACAUGAUAAUGAAGCUGGCAAGAAGAAAGUGGUAACAAUAGGUAUUGCAUCAUGGAACUGUGUACAAAACAAGGAAUCCCUUGUGAAUGAAGAGGGAUCAUGGCCUGCAAAUUAUGAGAUAAAAGAUGAUAUUUACUCAACAACAUCUGCUUUGGAUCCUAAUCAUUCACAUUUUAUCCUUGUUGAUGAUGGCACUGAAGAAACUCUUGGAGUAGAAGCUAAGUUCAGAAAAAAGUUAGAACAUAAAAUUUCACAAAAUAGAAUCCCAGAGACUCGAUUCAAGGUUCCAGCUGUUGUAGUAUUGGUUGGAGGUGAACUGGAAACUCUGAAGUCAGUCUCUGACUCAAUAUCACGCAACAUCCCAGUUGUAAUAGUAAAGGUUAGUAAACAGACUAUUCUGUAAAUAAGAUUAUUA